AUGCUGCUCCUCCUGCACCUGCUGCCUGCCAUGCUGCCCACUGCUGCCCUGGCUGGCUGCACCGGGGCUGGGGCCGACAGGCAGCUCAUCCUUGCCAAAGUGCGGGCUCAGGUCCUGGAGCAUCUGAGCCCUCCAGUUCUCCAGGAGGAGCCCCAGAAGGAAGCAAGGAGGGUGCACCGGAGAGACGUCCUUGAAACCCAAGUCGAGCUGGAGGAGCUGGAGGACACCUCCCAGGUGAUCCUCUUCCCUUCCACAGACGUGCCCUGCGAGCCCACGCAGCCAGACAAGCUGUUGGAGGAAGAAGGGAUCUUCACAUACCUCUUCCAGCCUUCAGCACACACGCUGAGCCGCGCAGUGACCUCUGCCCAGCUCUGGUUUUACACCGGCCCCUCGGCCGCCCCCAACUACUCGGCCCCCGAGGUGCUGACCCUGUCGCCGCAGGGCCGCGUGCCAGUGACGGCCGUGACGGUGCGGACGCUUGAGGACUGGACAGUGUUCCACUUCACCCCAAAACUGCUGCCCCAGCUCUCACAGCCACUCUUUGUGCUCCUGGUGCGCUGCCCUGGCUGCCCCUGCCUGGCUGAUGGGGACAAGAUGCCCUUCUUGGUGGCCACCACCCGGGCUAAAAGCAACGAGAGGGCUCGUCGCUCUGCUGUGCCCUGGUCCCCGGCCGCCCUGAGCCUGCUGCAGCGCCCGUCUGAGGACCUGGCCACCCAUGCCAGCUGCCGCCGGGCUUCCCUCAACAUCUCCUUCGAGGAGCUGGGCUGGGACAAUUGGAUCGUGCACCCCAGCAGCUUCGUUUUCCACUACUGCCACGGGAGCUGCGCGGAGGGCCAUGGGCUGAGCCACCGCCUGGGUGUGCAGCUGUGCUGCGCCGCCCUGCCCGGCACCAUGCGCUCCCUGCGCGUCCGCACCACCUCUGACGGCGGCUACUCCUUCAAGUACGAGACGGUGCCCAACAUCCUGGCUCAGGACUGCACCUGUGUCUAG